GUUCUGCCCUAUCAGGCCAAGCAGUUUCAUUAUUGAUUAACCAAUGAAAGCAACACAAAUACAGAAGGACCUCCUAUGCCAUUUUCAAGCUGCAGAUAAGUCCAGUGUACAUUAAUGAACGUGCAUUAAUGUCGGAGGCUUACCUCCUCCAACUAAAUAUUCCGACACACUGAUGCGCCUUUGUUUAUCCAUGGUGCUGCCAGUUAUGUAGAUUCUGAGACUUGAUAUUCGGAAUGUGUUCUUAGAGACAGUGUUAGCCCCGUUUCUUCAUUCAGCCUGUGUUUGUAGUUGUACAAGAUGGUGAACAAAAGCACUAGGAAUCUGCAUGUCAAGCCUCCGUGGCAGUGGGCUCCCAGAGAGGUGACACGAUCGCUCAGUGCCUCUGUGGUGGCCAAGCAACAUUUUGGGGGACCAUCUGUUUGGCAAAGUGAGUCCCACCACCACGUCAGCAUUUGUACCAGGUGUACAUUCCUAGAGAAUCUCAGGCCAGAACACCUGCAUCCCAUCUCUGGGCUGCGGGAGGUCAAAGUUCUUCAGGGCAACUGGGGUAGGGGUGGGGGUCAUGGGCAGGGGAGGGAGGCUGUUCAAUGUGCAGACCUGCAGCUGAUCUCCACCCUCACCUGUCUGCCACCCUGCGGCAGCCACACUUGCCCGCACUCCAGAAGGCAUCCAACGAGGCCAAAGGCUUGCCAUUGAGGGGGAGCUUGGUCAUAACACACCACACAGUGGUCUCAGUGUAUCUGAUUGCUCAAGGACCCUCUCCAGCCCUGGGCUGGAACUUUAGUACCCAGUAAAGGUGAGCCAGGAGGCCAGGUGAGCGAGCUUCCUGGAGCACUUUUGUUUGCCACUCUCUUAGCUCAUGUAAACUGAUAUUAGUGACAGCUCCCCAUCCUCCACACUAGUUAGCUGUCCAAGUUCCCUUUGUUAUAUAACCAGGAUUAAUUUAAGCAGCUCUAUCCCUUCAUUCAGAAAUGACAGGGAAGAGGAAUGACUGUGGGAGUCUUGUGGUGUCCCCCCGGGGACAGCCUGGGCAACUUUCCUUUCUCCUGGGCCUUCGCUUUCACUCUGUUGAGUGGGAUGGCAGAACGGAAGGGUACCGGUUCCUCAUUCCUUCAUCCUGGGAAGUACACAAGCGCUUUCACUCUGUUGAGUGGGAUGGCAGAACGGAAGGGUACCGGUUCCUCAUUCCUUCAUCCUGGGAAGUACACAAGCUAAGAGGUCUCUCUGCAGGUGAGGCAGCCGAAGGUCAGAGAGGUCAAGUCAGUUGCCGAGCUACAAAGUUGAAUCAGGACUUCAGCGACUAGGUGGCAGCGGAUUGGGCCAUCUUUGUGUCCCGGCUUCAAAUCAGCUUUCGCUGUGCACCUGAUGGAUGGAGGCAUGCAUUGGUGGUGGAUGAACCUGUAGCUGUCCCUGCCAGGCAUGGAGAUAUCCUAAGGAGCUGUCCCUCCCUUUGACUAUCAGACUGUUGAGAUAUCGAAGCCCAAGGUAUUGGGAUUUCCCCCAGGAGUCUCCUGCUUGGAGAAAGGAAGAGACUGCAGGCUGGUGGCAGUGCCAGGGAGCUUAUCUCCCUGGAGGAGGUCACAACAGUUGUCAGCAUUUCUGAUCACCUUGUAGGAGAGACCAGAGCGGAGGCAGUGAUUGCCACUUUGCCUAAAACUGUGUAUACAUUCCUCUUCCUUCUGUGUAAGCCAAAGCGUCACAGCGGGACCCCGAGUAUGGAAUGGGGGCGCCACUGGACCUCUGUGUUUCUCUUCCAAGCGUGGGCACCUUGAAUAAAUCAAAUCCCCUUUCCUCUGCUUUCCACAAUGACUUGUGUAUUUAGUUGACCCGUUUAAGACAGAUGCCUGCGCCCAGGUUGCUGGGACUGACCCUAACUCAGAUAAUGAACUGCCAGCUCUACUCCAUGUUCCACUGUCCCCAGCCUUGUGCCCAGUGGCCCAAAGUGAUCAUCCUCUGGGGUGAAGCCUCUCACCUGUCUCUGACCCUCUGACCCCGUCUCUCUAUUCCAUCCCAUCCCGUCCCGUCCCAUCUUUAUCGUACUGAGCUAUCAAUUAACGUCCCCAGACAGAGAGUAGAAGCUGUGUCUCUGUGACGCCUUGUGUGGAUGGUUGAAGUGGGCAUCCACCAGACCCUGAGACUGGGUUUUCCAGCAAGAUAUAGUUGAAGGACAGGCAGAGGGCGCUGUCCCCCUGACCAGCUAGCUCUGUGUUACUUUUCCUUCAGAGCGGAACAAAGCUGGAGGUAAAUGGUGUGGGAGUGGGGUGGGAAGUAGCACUUAGAAGGCAAAUGAGAACUUUGAAGGUAGCCCUACCAUGCCAGACAACCAUUGCCGGCAGAGCCUCAGCACGACCUUGCUUAUCUUCCUGGAUCCUUGUUCUCUCAUGCGCGCAGAGUGAACCUGCCCGGUCCAGGCCGAUAGGCUUCUGUGGUGCCUGCAUGGGGACUCUUGGGUUAAAUUUGUUCUUUUGUGGCCUGCCAAGCCUACCUAUGCUUUGUGAAAAUAACAUGCUGUUUCUCCAGUUUGUCUUGACAUCUUGUCCUUACUUGUGAAUGGAGUGUUUACAAGCCAUUCAGCUCCUCAAGACUGGCUGAGUCAGUGGGAGGCCUCAGAAGUGCACUUUAUUGGCAUGGAGUUGAACUGUGUCUCUUGGACGCAUUAGCCUUUGGAUACUGGUACGUUUUGAACAUCCUGUUUAAAACACAGUGUUGAAAUUGAGCUGCUGCCGUUUGGAUUGUGGCACCUGGCAAGAUGGGCAAGUGUCGUGGUCUCUGGACGGUCAGGAAGUUCUGCAGUCACCAGUGGAGUCCAAAACGGCAUGAUAAACAAUAUAAGAAAGCCGAUGUGGGCACAGCUCUGAAGGCCAAUCUUUUUAGACCUACUUCUCAUGCAAAGGGAAUUGUGCUGGGAAAAGCAGGGGUUGAAGUCAAGCGGCUAAAUUCUGCUGCCGGGAGGUGUGUCAGGGUUCAACUCAUCAAGAAUGACAGGAAGAUUACAGCGUCUGUGCCCAGUGAUGGCUGCUUGACCUUCACUGAGGAAAACCGUGAAGUUUUUGUUGCUGGAUUUGGUCCAAAUGGUCACGCUGUAGGUGAUGCUCCCAGAGUCCUUUCUAAGGCUGUUAAAGGAACCAGUGUGUCUCUUUUGGCCUUGUUCAAAGGCAAGAAGGAAAGACCGAGAGCAUGCAUUUUGACAAUGGAAACACAAUAAUAAAUUUACAUUUUCUGGAAAAAAAAACAAAGAAAAUGAACUACUAUUAUAGCACAGUUGAGAAACAGGUCCUUCAAGGGGGAGGCUGAGACAGGGCUCCCACCUACUGAAUGGAUUGAUGCCCCGAUACAGGAAGAGGUCAGUUACCAUGGGAGUGGGGGAGGGCCUGAUGAGAGUGUUUGGCUGGAUUUACUGUGUUGCUUGCCUUUGCCUUUCUGCCUUCCAAAAUGCAGGGACCCUCCCCAAAUAUUGGCAUAUGUACUUGGACUUCCCCCAAACAUGGCUGCUGUUACAGCCAGUUGAAGGUGUUCUGUGAUAGCAGGAGAAGAAGGCCUGAGACAAUUACUGGUUCAGCUCUAUGUUUCUGUCCCUCUUAGAUACCCUUCCUGCCCAUGACCUCAAUGGGUAUCUGGCCCAAAUUCUUUUUCCGGAGACCAAAUGGUGAUAUGUUGAUUCAGCACUAUAUCUAGUUCGACUGGAGACAGCGGCCAUGAGGUCUUUGGGGGAAUUGGCUCAGGACUUGGCCUGUGAGGACGAUGGUGUAGGCCAUGCAUAGACAGAGCCCACUAAGAGCUGCCUGGACUUGAACUUAAGGAAACUGGGGGAACUUAGGCAAUUCAUGUGACUUAGUGUGAUCAUAGAAGCGGUGCAUGCUGGGGACAGGCAGGAAUUUGGAGUUGCAUCACUUGGUUCUCUACCACGAUUUCCUCAUUUAUAAAAUGAGCUUGCCAUUCUUUUCUUGUUUUUAUUAUAGUAUUUUUGGUAAAUAGAGAUAAGGGCAUAGAGUCUGCCAGUCUGUAAAUGACAGAAACAGGACUAGAGGCUCUGUUCUGAGUGGGAAGGAGUGACCCGUGUCUCAGGUUUCCCUUCUGUCUCCCAAUGAGGUCACAGUUGCCCCAAUGAGAUCCCAGGCCUGCUAUCUGGUAUCCUGGGAAUUUGCCCCACCUGAAGGGUAGAGAUUGGUUAAUUCUUGGGGUGUGUCUCACUUGGGGUGUUCUGAGAGUGUCUUGAGUAAACUGGCCAGGCAUGGAUUCUUUUGUCCUUCCCUGCUGGCUGUGGGGCUUUCUGGAGAAAGGAUUAAACCCAAGGCCAGCUCCUGGGGUCAGGAAUGGGAGCCAUAGCCUCUUAUCCUUGGAGCCAUAGGCAUGCUAUGUAUGAGCUGCUGCCCUAGGUAGAGGGGAAACCCGAGUGGUGUGUGUGACAGUGGCCACAGCUUUGGAGAGAGCAGCCAGCCUGUCUGGGGACCCUGAAGGGAGGGUUUUUGUCUGUCCAGCCAAAUGCCUGAGAUUUCCUGCUGGCUGUCCCGUCACUGUUUUAAGUAGCAUAUAGCCAUGCCUGGGAAGUCAGCUGAUUGAAUUCCAGCUUCACUGGCUCAAUACUGGCCUUCCUUUCUGUUGUCUGGUGCUAACCUGCCUUUCUUAUAGCCAUCUUCAGAUGCCCAUGUAAUGUUCCAGCUCUUCCUCUGAGUCUUGGCCAGUGCUCCUCCUAUCCCCAUACCUUCCUGAGGGACAUCCCUGCACGUCAUAUCCCAGUCACAUGAUCUUGUCUGCCGGUUAACUCUGCUUGUUCACAUGGUCCUCUUUCCUCAAAUACCCAACCCCUUUCCCCAUGUCUGUGCGCUCCCCCAGCUGGUUCAUUGUUCCCAUACCCUCCGUGAAUGGGCUUACUUUAUAUUUUUCCCAGAGUAAGAGAGUCUAGAAAAUUAAAUAGUCUAGAAAGAGCAGUAGUGACAAGUUCUGACAACUUGGUGCCCUGUCCCUUUUCCUAGCUGCAGUGGUCCCUCUCUGGCCACCUUGGAGGUGAGAAUCUUUGUACCCUGGUGCGCCCCUGUGUGGCCACAGGGGGAGAAGCAGGCUUGGUUCUGUGACUCCUUCACACAGCCUGAGGAACUUGACUAUUCUGGCCAAGGUGGAAUUCCAUUCAACACACAAUGCAGUUUGUCCCCCAGAAACAGCAAGUGCCUUGGCCGGGACCUAGAUUAGUCAGCAGAGUGUCUGCCUGAUAUGCCCGAGGACCUGGUUUAAUGGCUAGCACAACAAGCAAAACUAGCAUUACCCCCUAAAGCACACCCUACCGGACCCUGCGGGCUUCAGGACUGUCCCUCCCUGGGGAGUGGCAGGUGUGAGGAGCCUCCCUUGUCAUAGAUAGCCAGGAAGGCAGGACUGCGGAACUCGGACAUAACACCAUUCAGAGGAUGGGGAUCCCCGAGGGUCGGGGGUGAAGGGAGGACAGAACCUUCGCUGUUUGCGUAUGAACACACUUUCUCUUGGCCGCCUCCUCCCAUUGGGGCCACCUGAAGAAACUCAGGAACUUUGGCAUGGUAUCAGGCUCCUCCAGGCCCACUCUCCUCACUGUUUCUAACUCCGUCCUUCUAGCUGGUAUUGGAGCUGGACCAGCCUUUCUGCUUGCUCCCAAUUAGAAGUUCUCAGCAGAGCAUGGGAGGUCUCUGUUCAGAAUACACGUUUUGGAGCGCCCACUGUGAGUGCUGUGUAGACUCCCUGAGUGCUGUGUAGACUCCCCCCCCCCACCACCAUUUCAGAAGACAGCAGCAACCCCUCGGGUGGUCAUCUUCUCUUGCUGCUCCCUAAACCUCUAAACAUCAAAGGACACGGUUUUCCUCCUCAUUAAAUAGACACUUAUGCAUGUCUUUAUUUUCGUACAUCCGGAUAGGGAAGUGUGUCUUGUGGAUGUGGUUUCUAAAUCGGAUGGUGUAAAUUCAAAGCACAGCUGAUGAGUUAGAGCGAAGCGUACUGACUCCUGUGAAAGCAGUGUGAUAAAAUUCUUUACUAUGUAUGCUAAUUUUAAGGACCAACUUUCUACCAAAGCAAAGCGUGAGCUGGAGUUCAGAGCUUGUGGGUGAGCUGAGAUGCGUUGACGCCAUGGUUUCUCUUCCAGGACUUAGUCCACUGCUUCAUUCUUGGUUAGUGGGUAUGGGAAUGGUGCUGGCUGCUGGCUGUUUAUACAGGAUUUCAAAGGACCAGGAUGGGACCAAUGUGAGUCUGUCUUUUGUAGAGCAGAAUGAAAAAGGGUGCAGGUUCUAAUUGAGCAGUACUGGUGAAUUAGGGGUGCUGGUGUUUUAGAGGUGCUGGUGGGUUAGGGACAUAGAUAAAUUGAGUAUUGAGGGCUUCACUGCUCAUGCUGCUUCUUGUGUUUUGGGGUUCCACACUUGUAGUAUUAUAGUAUUCCACUAUCUGUAGACGUCCCAAGGAUUCCGGAUUUGGGGUUCCACAUUUGUAGUAUUGUAGUAUUCCACUAUCUGUAGACAUCCCAAGGAUUCCGGAAGAACAGACAUGGCUCUCCAAGGCCUGGGUGAAUUUAUAGCUUCAUUCCAAAAGACAUUGCUUCCCACAGAACACUUGGCCAGAGGAGCCUCUUCCUGCUGGCCUUGGGCUGUGAGCCGCUGUGGGGUGAGUCAUGGGGAGGUCUCAACUUGGGAAUGAACUCCUAGGCCACCACAACCCUCUGUGUUGUGGGUGGCUGUUGGUGGAAGAUGGCCUUGUGUGUCUGCAGGGCAACCUCAGCUCCCAGUGUGGAGGGAACUCAGUGGAGCGCAUGAGCUGAGCCUGUUUGUGUGUGUGUGUGUGUGUGUGUGUGUGUGUGUGUGUGUGUGCAUGCGUGCAUGCGCAUGUUCACACCAGGGCUUUGGAACCCGUACCCUGGCUGGAUCCCCGUGGUUCUUGGCUUUCACAUUAUCUCUGACCCUGGAAGUGCCACAUGUACUUUGAACCCGGGAAGGUCCGCUCUCCACCCUCUUUUGAGAAAUGUGAGAUGGGAGAUUGAAAGUCGCCAGCGACUCUCGGGCAGAGUCAGUGCUUUGGUGAUGACACACUGGUGCCUGGGCUGGGCAGCGUCCCGAGCAAGUGCUUUUGGGAGCUCCGAGACCUCUCUUCCAGGUUUUCUUUUGUUCUUUUGGGCCGGACCCAGCUUCCAUACUCCCCAUGGAUCAGGUGGAGGGGAAGGUGCUUCUGGGGUCCUGUGUUUUCUAUCUAAAGACAGGGCGGCGCUCCACGGGCUCGUUGCCUCUGGUUAUAUGAUCCACGAGCUCACCUGGGACAGCACACACAUUUUCCACUCUCCCUCCUCCCCUUUCCCCGCCUCCCCAGGUUAGAGAACAGGCUAUUGUCUUGUCCUGGGGAGGGUACGAGAAAGAGAUGACCCCUCUCCUAAUCUCUCUGGAAGCUUAUAGAAGGAGCUUGGCCUAUGCAUGUGACAUUGCCUAAAAUCCCUCAUGUACCGCAAGCACCUGGUGCCCCAGGGGGCCUGACCGAGAGCCACACUCAUGAGUGACAGAGCUAGGCCGAGCCCCAGAGCACGUUGCUCUUUGCUGCCCCCUUGAGAGUGAGUGGCGGUAGUGCAGAAGGCGGCUCGGGAAAGCUCCGAAGCAGAAAAGGCUGCGCUCCUGCUGUUGGCUACUCCUGACCGCUCCCUGCUGACCAUCCUGUCCUCUGUCCUUCCUCUAGAGGGGCUGCCCCAGGGUCUCUGACACAUACAGACUCCCUGUAUUUCCUGCCUCAGAGGUUUGUCUGUUGGCCCCAGCUGUGUUUUCACAAGUGUGCUUGGCCAAGUGUGACUGCUUAUUAAAUGAGAAAAACCGCUUGUGCUGCCAAAGACACAUGUUUAGGAAGUACCUGGUUAAAACGAGCUAAACAAGUUUCUUUCCGGAAGGGUUUCCCAGAGCCUACCGCGUGCUGAUGUGUGGACUAGAUUUCUAAGAGGUAGGAAUUACAGCCCAAACAUGGAGACUGAGUGUAAGGAAAGGCAUCCAGGUCUAACGCAGGACCCGAAGUCCCGAUGGGCUGGGGAGCCUUGCUGGAGAAAGGCACUUGCUGCGGAGCCUUGUGGCCUGAGUUUAAGCCCCCUUACCCACGUGGUAGAAGGACAGAAUUCAUCCUUAAAGGUUUGCUCUUGCCUUCACAUGAGCACCAUGGCACAUGCGUGCUCACAUACGUACACACAUACACACAAAUGAAUGUAAAAUGAUGAAGAUGAAACUCAGCCAAAUCCUUUCUCUGGAGCGUGUGCGUGCGAGCGUGUGUUUUCUGCAUCUUCGCGUAGCCACAUUUGUUCAUUUCCUUCACUUUUCUCAUGUCUUUUUAUUU